CACACUUCACGCCCAUCCCUCACCCAAUUCUUCAGCUUCAUCUGCUAUUCUCAUCGCCUACGCGCAAGAUGCUUCCCAGCAAUUGUGCCCUCGCUGGGCCUCGGACAUUGGUCUCCACCCUAUCAAGACCGGCGAGAUUUGCCCUUCCCACUCGCUCGCCUUUGCCCGCUGCCAGACUCCUCGUUCGAUGCCGCUCACCCUCCACCAUCCGCCUGGCAUCCACAGAAGUGCCGGGAGCAUCCACACCCAAAAGCAAUACCAAGCGAUCUUUUCCCGUCCGAGCAUUCAGGUUCACAGUCUUUACAGCGGGCAGCGUGGUGUUCGGCCUGACCACCGUGCUGGGAGUCAUCUUGGCUCAUGAUGCGCUGACAUACAGAGAGAGUCAUCUGGAUGGUGUACCGACCAGUCCACUGGCGCUCCAUCCCUUGCCUGGUGGACCGAAAGGACUGCCCGUCGUCUCGCACUGGGUCGAGGGAGAGGAGGACGAGCGAGCGAAGCGCAUCUCCCAGAAGGAGAGGCUGGUCGUUGUUGGCGGAGGCUGGGGAGCUGUGUCGCUGCUCAGCACGCUGGAUCCAGAAAAGUAUCAAGUGACGGUGGUCGCACCGUCCAAUUUCUACCUCUUCACUCCGCUGCUGCCUUCAGCUACAGUCGGCACAGUCGAGCCGAGAUCUCUGGUAGAGCCUCUCAGAAAGGUCAUUGCUCGUCACCAUGGUCAUUACGUUCAGGGAAGGGCAGUGGAUGCGGUGAUGGGCGAGGCUAUGCCUGCAGACAGGGGCGGCUCAGACAGAUUGCUGGAGGUGGAAGUCAUCAACGAUCACACUGCGCUCGAGGGACCGGGAGAGCAAGGCGCGGGUGGAAAGAGGGUGUACAUACCCUAUGACAGGCUUGUAGUGGCGGUGGGUAGCGUCACAAACACGCACGGCGUGCCUGGUUUGGAACACUGCUUCCACCUCAAGACUGUGCAAGACGCCAGGCGCAUCCGUAGCCACAUCAUGGACAAUCUCGAGAUCGCGAGUCUGCCCACGACGACACAGGAAGAGCGCGAUCGCCUGCUCAGCUUCGUCAUUUCGGGUGGUGGGCCAACUGGAGUCGAGACAGCUGCAGAGAUCUACGACAUGCUGAACGAGGAUGUGUUGGACUACUUUCCCAAACUCUUGCGGGCUUCAGCCAAGGUGCACUUGAUCCAAAGUCGAGAGCACAUUCUGAACACCUACUCCGAAGCUAUCUCUCAAUUUGCAGAGAAGAAGUUUGCGAGGGAUGAAGUCGACAUCAUCACUUCUGCGCGCGUCAAGAGGGUGGAGAAGGACAAGGUCGUGUACACCAAGAAGGACCCCGAGACUGGGAAAGUCACCGAGUACGAAGUGCCCUCCGGAUUCACGCUGUGGAGCACUGGCAUUGCCAUGUCCCCCUUCACCAAGCGAUUGACGGAAUUGCUACCGAACCAAAGCCACCUGAAGGCUCUGCAGAUAGACAGCCAUCUUAGAGUCAAGGGCGCGCCGCUCGGUUCGGUGUAUGCGCUUGGAGACGCGAGCACCAUUGACACUAGGCUCAUCGACUAUCUCUACGAGUUCGUCGACAAAUGCGACACGGAUCACGACGGCAAGCUCACCAUGCCCGAAUUCCAGGCGCUUGCGAACGAAGUUGGUCGCAAAUUCCCGAUUGCGUCCAAGCACUUUCAAAAGCUUCAGGACAUGUUUGAGAAGUACGAUGUGGACCACGAUGGAAAGCUGAACCUCAACGAGAUUGCGAGCAUGUUCUUGGAGACGCAAAACAAGAUGACGGCGCUGCCCGCCACUGCUCAGGUCGCCUCUCAGCAAGGAGCGUAUCUAGCACGGAAGCUGAACAAGUUGGCGAGGAAGCGAGAUGCUGGAGAGGAUAUGAAUCCUCACGAUGCGGAAGACGUGUUCGAUGUCGACGAAACUUAUUACAAGCCCUUCAAGUACACCAACCUUGGAAGCUUGGCCUAUGUGGGCAACGCGGCAGCUUUCGAUCUGCCCCUGCCCGAACCCUUGGGAAGCCUUGCUGGUGGUCUCCUCGCCAUGUACGCUUGGCGCAGCUUCUACCUCUCAGAGCAAGUGAGCACCAGAACACGCCUGCUGCUUCUGAUGGACUACGUUCGACGCGGUCUUUACGGAAGAGAUCUGUCUCGUCUCUAGAUGCUUCUUCCGUCCGAACACUUUAUGCACGUCCGCUCGUCUCCAAAGCGCUCAUGGCAUUCGAAUUCCCAUUUGCGGUGGAUGUAAAUUACGUAGAAAUUACACGCAGUGGUCCACAGAACUCGCGUAUUUCUGUGGAUCGAGAUUGCAGUGAUGACCUCAGUCUCGUCCUCGAGCCUCCUCACUCCUCGCAAAGCAGCGUCCACUC